UCCCAGUCCAACCCCCCACACUCCAGUGUGUCAGCAGCGGAGGCUGGCAGACGAACUCGAUCUCCACUCCGCCGCCACACCCAAUCCCAGGCGCCCCCGCCGCGCCCAAUCCCGAUCCAGCAGCGCAGGGCGGGGGGAGGUCGCGGCGGCGCGGCUCGAUCAGGCUGGCCUGGCUCCCGCUCCGGCUACCCCUCCCGCAGCCAGCUCGGGUUUUCCGGCCAGCACCGUGUUUCUGAGAGAUGACUCGGGCUAAGAGCGAGAGCGACCGGGUGAUGCCUGGUCCGGACCAGGCUGACUUGGCAUCCCACGAUGAUGAUAGCGCGAGGGAAUCACCACGUAGGAGAGCUGGACCACAACUGAAGAAAGGCCCUUGGACACCGGCCGAGGAUGCCAUCUUGGAGGCGUAUGUUAAGAAGCAUGGUGUGCAGAACUGGAAUGUGGUGCAGAAGGACACCGGUCUGUUAAGGUGCGGCAAGAGCUGCCGUCUCCGCUGGGCAAACCACCUGAGGCCUGACCUAAAGAAGGGCACUUUCACCAAAGAGGAGGAGAACCUAAUCAUUAAGCUCCAUUCCAAAAUGGGGAAUAAGUGGGCUCGAAUGGCUGCCCGUUUGCCAGGGCGGACUGAUAAUGAAAUAAAAAACUACUGGAACACUCGAAUAAAGAAAUGCCAGCGCACCUCUACGCCUAUAUAUCCUGCUGAAAUAUGCCUGCAGGCUUCAAAUGAAGAGCAGCAUGAGUCCGCUGACUUCAGUUUUAGCGAGAAGCUGGCCAAUGAUCUCCUCCAUGGAAAUGGUUUAUAUGAUCCCAGUUCCACGUGGGGCGAUUUCAUUGAUGACCAAGAAGCUCUGCCUUAUGCUCCCCAGCUUCCAGAUGUUUCUUUCAGCAAUUUACCUGGUCUGUACUUUGAGUCAAAAAACCAUGGCUUCAUGGAUCAAGUAAACCAAGCAGAAGUUCUGAAAGAAUCUGAGAUCUCAUUUCCUUGGUUGAACGCGGCCAUUAAUGGUACCUUCGAUGGCGGCCAUGCCUUUUCAAAUGGCAACUUCUCUACUUCCAGGCCCAUGACUGGUCCCUGGAAGAUGGAGCUCCCUUCACUCCAAUUUGCUGGAUCUGAUCCAAACAACUGGUCCACAUACUCAAGGACCUGCGCCGCGCAGGGUGCCAACUUUGCUGAUCCCUGCAUGCGCUCAUCAGCGGCAAUGGCAUCAGCUAAGUUUGAGCACAUGUGCAUGAUACCAGGGAACAGCGGUCAGUUGGAAGAGCCGCUUCCAGAAGCUCAUGCAGUAAGCUCUGCAGAGAACCAGCAGCUGUCCGUGGGGAGUUCGAGUGCCUCUACUGGCUCACCCUGCGAUGCUAUGGUGGAAACAUCAGAGCUUCAUUUCUUGGAACGGGAUCCCAACCUGUACGCCCUUGUCAACAGCUGUUCGCCCGCCUCGCCUCUUUGCCAAGCAUCGCCUGAUGAGUUACCGUGCUCCGAUUUUUCAUCUGCGAGCCCUGUGUUUGUAUCAGAUGAGCCAACAAUCACCCAAUACGAAAAAGGAUUUCUCUUGCCUCAUCCUGAAGACUCCAGGGCAGACGCGUUCUCCCAUUGGAACGCGAUGCCACCCAUCUUCCAGUGAUGCGAUUCGAACGGGUCUACAGUGGUGCAGGCAGGUAUCCGUGAGCGAGCGACAUCCCUUCGAACCAGACGAAAUCUCCAACUGGCCUCCAAUAAAGCUGUAGAAGAGUCGGUUGUUCUUUCAUCUUUGUUCCAUUAUCUCGAGUAACCGCACGAUGCGCUCACUGUGGCCGUCCUUCAAAAUGCCCACUCAAGUAUGUAAAGAGGUUCAUUGUUGUCCAAACAUGCGCCAAGCUGCCACAUUGCUGCCCACCUGGCAUCCUUGUGGAGGAGAGGGAGGAAGGAGAGCACCGAGUAGGAUGCCACAUGGAUGACAAGUGGUAGCUUUGACUCUUUCUCUGUCUCCUCCAGCAGUAUGCCAGUGAGCAAGAGGUGUCGCUUUGGACCGUACUGAUCCUCUUGUUUGAAUGAGUUGGAUGGACAUUUUCAAAGCCGGAUGGCCGAAGUGAGCGCUUGGCGCGUGUCGACUGACUGCGAGUGGUUUCACUCCCAUUUUUUCUUAUCAUGAAAACUUUGCCACCUCCGUCGCCUGCCUGUACCUGUAACACUGGUGUGUACGCUUGAACAUUCCUUGGUUUAUUCUAUUCCACGUAGCACGGCUGUACGCGGUGCCAGCA